GCACGGUAGAUCAACAUCCAGACAAAUCCCGGCGGCAUCUUCCGGGGCAAGUAGUUGCCCUUGUAUACGUGUAAUGCUCGGUAAUCAGCAGUAGACAUAGUGAGAGUAGGCUAUGCGACUCGGAAUGAACAGGCCCUGCUUGUCGCUACUGUCUUAAGGAGUCUGCUUCUGUUUGUAAUGCUGAGACGCAGGGUAGCGAGUGUGCAUGUGCCUGCCCUCGGAAGCUGCUGAGUAACUCUGAGUGAGUCGAGUUGCUGCUGCUGCUGAUCCGAAAUGUCAAAAGCAGCAACGCAUCCACCACCCAACCAUCCAGACUGCUACAGCUGCUGCUACGGCUACAGCGUCCUCCAAGGGCCAUCUCUCAUGGCGCAUCAGCUCUAGUGCCUCAAAGACAGCGCACAUACACCCAGCAACCAUGCUCAACCGACUCUUCGCCGGGAAAUCCCCAUCCGCACACUCAGAAGCAGACAGGCGCUCACACAUCCUCCUCCAUGGCUCACAGCCGUAAGCGCACCAUCAAACAUCCAGGUCUCAUCACUAACACCUUCAUCAGGGACUGCAGCGCACCCGUUGCAAAACCGAGAAUCAUCAUUGCACAAGACCUGGGCGACAAGGCAAAAGUCGUCCUCUACGACAGUGCAGCCCCAGCCAACGAGACACCUGGCGAGCGCUCACAUCGAGCAGCAGGCGCACAUGCUCAUGCCUCAGAAAAGCACAAUGAGCGCAAAUCGCAAGUCAUGACAGAACUCAUGUUUGGCACCAUCCCGCUCUCCUACCGCGGAACAUCAGUACGCGUCCAUCCGCUGCAGGACCGCGAUCACGAUGGCACUCGCACGUUUCUAUUCACAAAAGUCUUUUCCGUUGAUGUGAUUGCCGAUGAGGAUGAAUUGGGUGUUGGUCCACCUACGGGCGGUACCUCCUCCCUCUCUUCAUCAUGGAGCUCGACAUCUGGUAUGCGCGAGUAUCCCUUCCCAACAAUGACGCCGCUCAAUGGUCACGUCGACAAGCAUGCGCAACCAGGAUCAAGAAACAGCUCGCGUGAUCGCAUGCAUCAGCGCCAUCACCAACGCACAACAUCCCUCACGAACCCUCAACAAAAGCAAAUGCAUGCGCGUCGUCCAGAAUCAUCCACGAGCGUGUCUGGUGGCUUGCACGCCAUGCGCGGUCCUGGAUCAUUGCAAAAGGAGCACAACGCUGCUUUCACUGGCACGCAAAGUCAUGACGCAGAGGAACAAGCGACAUUGGGUUGGCUACCGUCACCAGGGCCUUACCUCUCACAGCGACGUCGUUCUAUCGACACAACAGGCAGUAAUUCACCAACGACAUCUUGGUGUGGCAGUCAAACUUCAUCAAGUCGCUGUCAACCUGCCACCUGCGCUCUAGGAAUUCUCUUCUCCGUUCCCGGUACGGGACAGGAAGAAGUAGAGUGUGCACGCCUGUCACGCUAUUGGACCAUGCUUACGCGCGCAGCCUAUGCACUCCAGCGAACCACAUACGACCAGCUCACCCAACAUUUCAGCAGGUUGGCGAACCAAGGUGCAACCUUGUCUACACCCAGUUCAUCCCGUUCACGGUGUCGCACUGCGGGACAGCGUGGCGAACCACAGGUUUUUCUACGAGGUAAAAAGUAUUAUUGCGCUUUGGGUCAAUAUUGUCUUGCUACGGACCGCGUCAUCACCGACGCUACCUCUGCAUUUCGGGAACGGCUUGCUGGAGCUAUUGAGUUGCCUGAUGUCGUGCAGAAGCCUUUUGAGCAGGAAUCAUCUAUUCUGCUGGAAGAGCUGACGCAAGUCAUGGAGCAACUCGAUUCGAAGGAGUGCAAGUUUUUGUUUUCAACCUUGUUUUCCUACCUCGUGCAGCAUCUCAGGGAAGCGCGCAAGGAGCAAAAAAGUCGUGUCGGUGCUUUGCACAAGGACAGUCUGCAGAAUCGCUUCUUGAUUGUUUCUGAUAGUCCGUUGUUGGCACGACGCUUACUCUACUGUCUCGCUCGACUUCUCUUUCGCGAUCACAGCAUGCACAUUCGCACAGCUUUGGAUUAUGCAUUGGUUUGGCCAGCCAACGGCAUCUUGGGUAUGCCGAGAAAGGAUCUCAUUCGACGACGUCAAUCCAAUGUUGCUAAACAGGAACGCAUCAAUCGUGCUUGGGAUAUCCCACAUGCACGCAUGGACCCAUCUUCUGCAUACAGCCUUCCACUCGUCUCGCCCUCCGUCUUUCAUCGACCACCAAGCACAAGCUCUAAUGCCUCUUCCCGCAAUUCAAGCUGGAAGCCCUCGUGGACCUGGUUCUCGAAUGGAUCACGUUCAAGGCUCGCUGAUGAAUUGACGAUGCAUGGACCGCGAAGUGACACACGCACCCUCCAAACGAGUUGGGCAUCGAGUGAUUUCGCUCAAGCGCGACUCUCUGGCCAUCAAUCACCGGCUUCACCGCGUUCUACGAGUAAAUCACCCGUUCGUGUGAGUUCAGAGCAUUCAGAGUCAGAGGAGGAAACACCCCGAGCGAGUGUGGUUGGUGAACGGCCAUUGUGUACGAAAGAAGCAGAUGGCAGUGUUCAUGUUGCACUACUCGAUACAGUUCCCAUUUCCCCUGAAUUCCCACAAACCGUGGCACCGAGCCCUAUGGCAAGUCACGCCUAUCCACUCACAGGCUUCUUAUCUCGCUUUCAUCCAGACAUGCUCCUUCAAGCUAUUCCACAUGCUGCGUAUGAUGAAGCGGACAUCAAGGCGUUCCUAGCGGAAGAGGAACUCUACCUAGCUCCGACCAUCUCUCCAACAAGCGAUCAAUGGCGACCUACAGCGAGUAUCGUGAUUGCUGAAAUCGGCCAUCUCUACCGUGUUCGCAAAAUCACCCGCUCAUCCAGAACGGCCCAAGUACUGGUGCCUGAAGCUGCUGAGCGAGAUGGAUUGGUCAAGAUGGUUCGGCAUGAGGAGAGAUGGCAGGAUGAUGUCUUGACGGAGGUGGAUGAAUCGCUCAUGGCGCGCGUCACGGGUGUAUUGACCUCAAAAAGGCCGACACAGGCUCUUGCGACGCUCAUUGCUGAUUUGGCUCAGUGAUCCCUCAUCCUUUCUCAUGGUGUUUCGUUGGCUUGCUUGUCAAGGUUCUGAUUCGCAUUUCUCAUCAUUUGGUGCAAUGCUUCAUGUUUCGUUGUUUCUACUUUUUGUUCUUUUCUUUUCUGGCGCCUGCGUUCAUUACUCUGUACCACUACCGUAGGCCCGCUCUGUACGAGAGAUUGGCACCUAAUACCAUGACACGAAACAUCCCUUUCGCUUUAUGCCCUCAAAAUGUUUGCAUCAAUUUGCUUGAUUUGUGGACCAACACUGAGCUUGACCUUGUUGCGGUACGUUGUUGGAUUUUGUCGCUGCAUUGGGUUCCCCUCAAAAUAAACCGUAUCCAACACAGGCAGCUCUUUACACUCCCGUUCAAUCUCCUCGAAGCUUGUGAGUAGAUUGUUACUCGCCCAAAGUUCUCGUAGUUCCUUCAAAUGUGCGAUAUCGGUGAGAUGUUCAAGCUUGUUGCUCGAAAUAUCCAAGAC